AUGGAGAGACAGGUUCAGCAGUUUGUGACCAUCCGUUUCGGGAACCUUUGGCUGGAUGUGCCACUCGGCCCGCUUGUGACUGCUGUCAGCGAGAGUUGGAAGAGCACAGCUGCGUCGCCAAGUGAACCUGAGAAGGAAGAAGAAGAAGUCAAUUCAGUACCCACAGAUGAGUUUGUUCCUGUGAUCUCCAAGUCAACCAAGAGGAGGAUGAGAGCCGCAGCAAGAGCUUCGGAAGGUGCUGCAUAUGAUCAGCACAUGAGUGUGCACAAAACUGCGCCCUCUGGCUCGGUUCCUCCUGGCUUUGCAAAGGCACCAUGUGCCAAGCCAGUGAAUCAGCAGCCGCCACACAAGUUUAGUGGCACAUCACUUCAGGAGUGGCCCAUGCUUGCAAAAGGAGCUCCUCCAUUGAAGAUAGGCUCACCGCCACAAUCUGUUUCAGCAAGAAGAGAGCCGCUUCCUUCGUCUACAUCGACCAAGGUCGCGGUGCCGCUCACCCCUUCUAAAUUGAAGGUGGGUACAUCAGCAAACAACGUUGUACACGAAGCAUCAGGGGCAAGCUCAUACAAGCAUGCGCCAAAGGCCUCGGGGGCGGCUCAUAAGCCUUCCGUGGCAGAGAAAGGCAAAGCUCUGAUGGUGGAAGAGGCUGAAAUUCCUCGACCACGUGGUCAGCUUCGCGUCGACGCACCGGAGUUCAUCCCCACGUACAUGGAGCCGGACACCAAAUGUCCGCUCAUAUGGCGUGGAGUGUACCUCACUCCGGAAGAUAUUCGGACAGGCCAUGUCGAUCCGACCGCCGCAAUUUCGGACCCCUUAUCAUCUUCGGUAGCAAUGCCACGCCCGUCAUUUGAAGCUUCCUUUGACCCGGCUCGUCACCGCCGCCGGCGGCAGAGGGCGCAUCAGGCAUGGGUCGAUCUUCCGGCGGCAAUUGACUCCAACACAGCAACACGUCAGCGACAACAAGUUGCCCAACCCAUUCGGAACAGAGAUGGGAAUGCCAACGCAAGAAUCCGCGGAAGGCGUCACACUGAUUUCCAUAGAGUCAUAACACAAAGCAUAUGUCAAACAUUGAAAGAUAUGCUGCCAGGCCAUUCCAUGUCAGUAGAUGAUAUUGGUGGUGCAAUCAUGCGGCGCACAGAUGCUCUCGCCAAAUUGCCGGAGUAUGAUGAGUUUGUAAAAGAAGUACCUAAGAGAAGAGAGUAUGUCACUCAAGCUGGCCGUGCAAGUGCAAGACGUGCAGCCUUGAAGAGAAGGGAGAUGGCACUACGUGCAGACUCCGGACACAGUAGAGUAGAAGGCAAAAGUUCUCCGUCUUCAAGUCAAGUCAGUAAAGGAAAAGUGAGCAAGAAAUCGGAAGAUACGCCAAGGAAAGGAGCCACAAUACUCACUCCAUGGCCAGCUCAGAACAGAGUUUCAAGCAACUCAUUUGAAGUGUUUAACUCACUGCCAAUUGGUGUUAGAGUGCCAACAGAUACUAGUGAGACAUCUUCCGCAUCAACACACUUCAAGAGAAAGAAAGCACGCAGGACUGUUGUAGAAGGUCCCCGCCGAAGGACACGAAGCCAGAAGGAUUCGGACAAUGAAGACUUCAGGUCAAGCGAUGGUGGGUCUUAUAAUCCCCUAUCAGAUAGUACCCCUUGUCCUUCGGAGAGUGAGCGUGAGCCACACAUGGAUCAGCCGUGUGACCACAUGGGGCACUCCGAGCAAGUCCUUGUGACAAAUGAAGCUCGUUCGGUUGAAGAACAAUUGGCCACCCUUACAGCCGCACUUCAACAAAGAGAUGAUGAGCUAGCAGCCCUGCGAAAUCAGAUGAGUGAUAACCUGAAUAAGAGCAGUGAAGGGCAUGGUGGUGCAAGUACUAGUAACCAACCAGGAGGAGCUGCACUCAGCCUUGAGGCGAUCCAAAGAAUGAUCGCCGAAGGAGUUAAGACGCAGCUGAUGCAAAAUCAUCACUCCAUGCGGCCAGGCUAUGUUAAGCCAUAUCCUCCGGACGUUGACCUUGUUCCCUUCCCAAGCAACUAUCGGCAGCCGCAGUUUAGCAAGUUCAAUGGAAGCGGGUCACCACAUGAGCACAUUGCCCAUUUUCUUGCAGCUUGCCAAGACACAGCUCAUAAUGGGGCACUUCUGCUGAGACAGUUCGUGCAAACACUAUCUGGCCCUGCCUUCACUUGGUACAGCAAACUAGCGCCAAGUUCAAUCAAAACAUGGGAACAAAUGCAGAAUUCUUUCCUUGAGAGGUUUUACAGUACCCAAAGGACUGUAGGCAUCACAGAGUUAACCCAGACUGAGCAGGGCAUGAAUGAGAAGGCAGCUGAUUUCAUUAACAGAUGGAGAAAUCUAAGUCUGCAUUGCCCACAGCCAAUCACUGAGCCGGAAGCAGUGCGCAUGUGCACAAAUAACUUGCUUUCUGAUGUGGCUGUGCAGUUACAAGGGGUGCGGCCAAUAACAUUUGAAGAGCUAGCCUCUAAAGCUACUGAUAUAGAGAACUAUAUGCAGCUUAGGGCUCGUCGAACAAAGCCAACAUUCAGUAAACCUAUGGAGAAAAGUGGCCAGCGGGAGAAGCCACCAAGCAAACCAAGGUCAGCCCAAGCGAUGGAAACAACAACCAGCCCUCACUUCCAGUCCGGGAGAGGUGCGCCAAGGAACCAAGAGCAAAGAGGCACACAGCUUGCUAGGAGGCCAACUCUCAGCGAGCGUCAAAACAGGGAGUAUUCGUUUCCGGUAGAUGAAAUUGGUGAUCUUUUUGCGGGUUUAAAGGAGUUGAAACUUAUAGAACUUCCCAAUCCCAAAAGGCCGGAAGAAGCUUCAAAGUUCAAUGAGCCAAACUUCUGCCAUUACCAUCGCAUCUUGGGCCAUACACUCAAAGAUUGCUUUGUGGUAAAGAAUAUCAUCCAGAAAAUGAUUGACGAGGGGACUAUCGAUACAGAUCUCCUCAAAAGUAUGACGAAGGGAAAGAAGAUGGCGUCAGCAAAUGUCGCCACCCUUCAAGAUGAUUCGGCCAUUCGGAAGCCCAGGAUCAGCAUAAAAGAGAGGCUAACGUACCCUGCAACAAUGGUGCAUGGCCCGGUUUCUCCGCUUCUCGAGGACCCGAAGAUCGGGAGCAGCGGCGGUCAAAACGUCGUGUACUACCCCGAGUGAUGGAAGAAGCUCCUCCUCUGCGCUUCGCACCAAAGAUAUAUCAACACACCACGAAGCGCAUGAAGGUCCCUAGUGAAGAAUUCAACGUUCUCACUAUUGGUGUGUUCAGGGAUGAAGAUGAGUCUCUUUGUUUUCCUGAAGAAGAACCAUUAGAAGUUGAUCAGGUUCAUCUUAGAUCAGGUCGCCAACUAGCAGACCCUCAUCCCCCACCUAGGAAGGAACCAAAAAGUAAGGAUGCAGUUCCGAAUGAUUCGACUGACCCUGCAUGUAGGGUGCCAGUCAAGUAUGAUGUAAUCGCACAUUUGAAGAAAAUACCAGCCAUGUUAUCUGUGUA